CUCUCCGUUUAGUGUCUAUUAAACUGUGCUAGGAGAAAUGCAUUAGUUUUACAUCUGUCAGAAUGCAUCUCUUAUCCACGGAUACGAUGUGAGUCACGGCGCGGUCCACGGAUCUGUCGUUCUUUAAGUCUUCAAUGCAGCUGUGUCUUCUCCCUCCAAAGCCCAAUGAUACAAUCACAGAAAACAGAUGAUCCCGUUAUAGAUGUUGGCGUCUUUACGGACCGGCCCUCACUGUAUGUGACGUCGAAGACAGAGUCUGCUAGUGACAGUAAGCGUGUGGAGAUCGCAGAGUUUGCGUGUCACUGUUGCUAUGACGUCCUGGUGAACCCAACCACGCUCAACUGUGGCCACAGUUUCUGUCGUCACUGCCUGGCUCUCUGGUGGGAAUCGUCCGGGAAGAAUGAGUGUCCAGAAUGCCGGGAGAGAUGGGAAGGCUUUCCCAAGGUCAACAUUUUACUCAGGGAUGCAGUGGAGAAGCUCUUCCACUCUGACAUCAGUAGAAGGCAUCGGGACAUCCAGGCAAACCCACGAAUCUCACGUGCUUUGCUGGCUUUCCAGCGCCAUGGCGACCAACAGGCGCAUCAUGGAACCUCACAAGGAAGUCUACGGUGGGGAGCUGGAGGGUUCUUCUCAGGGGUUCUGAUCGCACUCAGCUGUGUCGCAGUUGUGUUUCUAGUCCAUCACUGGAGCAGUGGAGACAGUGAGCGGGAGUUGUUGGUGACCAGACCACUCAGUCAGUGGACAGAGACAGGGGUGGCCCUGUGGCUGCAGCACCUGGGCCCCUGGACCUCUCCGUACAGAGAGAGAUUUGCCAGAGAACAGGUCAACGGCAGGUUACUGACACUGUUGGGGGAGGAAGAGCUGUCUAAACCUCCGUACAGCAUAGAGAAUCUGUCCCACAGAAGAGCUGUUCUUCAGGAACUUCAGAGAGUGAAAGAGCUAGGGCUCAAACCUCCACACAAUCUCUGGGAGUAUAAGGCAUUAAACGGAGGGAAAUCUCUCUUUCUCCUGUAUGCGCUGAAAGGCUCCCCCAGGCUGACCAUCCUGUAUCUCUAUCUGUUUGACUAUAAGGACACCUUCCUACCCUUCAUCCACACAUGCUGUCCAUCCCAAACCACACAGGCCUCUGAGGAAGGCCUGCCCAGCACAACACCGUGGGAGGACCCAGACUGGAAGCAGUGGGUGGAGUUUCUGGUCAAGUACUGCCUCUUGCCAUACCAGUUAUUGGCGGAGUUUGCGUGGGAUUGGCUGGCAGUUCAUUACUGGACAUCACGAUUUGUCAUUGUAAACGCCAUGCUGCUGUCAGUGCUGGAGGGCUGUGCCUUCUGGAGACUGUGGUGCCGAUCAGAAAUCAGGACGCUCCCUAAGCGGAUGUGGAGUCAUCUUUGGCGGGUGCUAUGGCAGGGUCUGACCUUUGCAGUCUGCUGGCCUCUCAUUCCCCAGUUUGUCUGUAACUGUCUCUUUUACUGGGCCCUAUACUUCAACCCUAUCAUCAAUAUAGAUCUAGUCGCCCAGCAGUUACUGCGCCCACACACAUAACACACACACAGAACACACACACACACAGAGCACACACACACGCGCGACACAU